GAUUGAUUGAAUGUCUCGUCUGAUGGCCGGCUGUCUCCCUUGGCGGCCAGUACCGAUCGGAGCCUGUGCCCACAUAGGCCGCAGAAAGGAGGGCGUCGUGCUCCGUCGUGUUACCCAGGGCGAUUCGUUGUCACUUUGGUAUCUAACAGCUUCAGCGAACGCAGGCUACAUUAGUGACAACGACGAUUUCUCGUAGCGCCAGUGGCCCCGGUUUUCUGCCGCCUUCCAAUCGCUGCCGUAAUCAAUGCAGUCGCACUGACCGUGGCCUUCUCUCCAGGUAAAAGAAACAGUGCGAGAAGGUAAAUUUUUUUGAAAGGACGACAGAUUGCUUAUGCCGCUGCCCAAUGCUACAGUACUCUAGAAGUAGUUGAAGUGCUUUUAGUUGUCGCGCGGAGCUCGCAUGAAGCCUCAAAGAACACCGAUUCAUAGCCAGUGUUUUGCUUGUCUAUUACUGUGUGUUACUACCACAAUUGCUUUUGCAUGUGGCAGUUUCUAGUACUCGACAAGAGCGCGAUACUUGUGUGUACGUUUUCUCGGAGCCUCAUCCCUUCACCAACAAGAGUACCAACAGCAUUUUGUUGCCAUCGGCGAUCAAGGAUGUCGGAUUCCUCAGAGCCAGACCAGGACUUGGAAUUAGAUGAGGACGCAGAUAUCGACGUAGAGCAUGUGGCUCCUACGGAUAAUGAAGACAUCAAUCCGGAGGACACUGCCUCUAGGCCGGAUUCAGGUGGUCAGAACAGUGACGCCGACUGUGACGUCAAGGGUGAAAACGACAAAAGUAGCAAAUGUAACAGUUUUGAAGAGGAGCUGGGCGUUGAAGAUGAAAAUGCAUUGGGACCGGAAGAGACCGAAACAGUCAAGCGCGCUCUCCUUAGGCAUCCGCUCUUCCCACUUUUGGCAUUGCUGUUUGAAAAAUGCGAGUUGGCCACUAGAACAUGUGGAGCUGAACCUUCAGCGAGUGAACUCAAGCGCGAACUUGAAGCCUUUGCUGAGAAUACAAAGUGUUGGAGUGGAGGCGAAAGCGCUAUCGAUCAGUUGAUGAUCGAUGCUCUACAGGUGUUGCGUAUACAUUUAGGAGAGCUUCGUAAGGUCGACGAACUACGAAACAACUUCUGCCAGCGUUACAUCGCCUGUUUACGGGACAAGAUGCACUCAUCGAAAUUGCUCAAAGACGCUCACUUUGAUUCGGAAGAUGUUGAUUCUGACGAGUGCGAUAUUUUGAGUAGUGGCAGUGGAGGGGAGAACUCGCAGGAAGGCAGCGGCAGUUUACCUGAAACACCUAUGCCAUCUGCCACAGCAAAGAAAGGGUCUCGGGUCUCGCCACGAUCGGGCCUUGCCUCAGGUGGAACUGGGCAGGCUGCCGGCGCAAUGGGAGGUUCGUCUCGAGGCGUACUACCUAAACAAGCUACCGAAUUAAUGCGGGCGUGGCUUUUCGCCCACGUUGUUCACCCUUAUCCGAGCGAGGAAGAGAAAAAACUCAUCGCCGAACAAACAAACCUGUCUUUAUUACAGGUGAACAACUGGUUUAUUAAUGCGCGUCGACGAAUUCUCCAACCCAUGUUGGAACAGAAUGCUCAGAAGACCUGAAUAAGUUUACACAUUCCUGAUUCCUGGUUCAGAGUAAUGGAAACGAAUACUGAUCUCAGUUCAAGUCCGUCGCUUUAUCUUAAGUGACAUGGCUGCAAUAACUGCAUCAAUUUGUCCUAAUGCUCUGAACUUUUGCCUUAAAGAUAUUGGUGUGAUGGUGCGAAAGCCCGCACUGCUGCUGCUGCUGCUGGUCAGUUGAAUCUUUUAAGUCAAAAAAAGAGGUUAUUCAAAGUAGCGAAAGCACAGGAGCGAUAGUGUAAAAAUAAUAUUGUCAUAAUACGGGUAAUUAUAGAGCAUUAUUAAUACCCCGAGGACAGUGUCACAGCCACUGUAGCCAGCGUCUUUGUAGCUUAGAGGCUGAUGACUGCUACGACUCGGUUUCAAACAAAGCCGGCAGUCCGGUGUUCUCUAAUGGAAAUAGACUGUAAUGUUUUUAAUGCCUUCCUGGGCAUUUUGGAGACCUUAACAAAUUCACUCGAGUUAGUAAUCGGUUAUUCUUUGUAGAUUUAACCUACCGGGUCUGGAGAAAGGCGUUGAAUUUACGAUAACGGAGAACAGGGGCUAGUUGAUUAUAUAUAUAUAUAUAUAUAUAUAUAAACCUUAUUUAGAGACUGUACAUAUAAAAGUUCACGACGUGGGAGCUAGAGCGAAAGUUUUAGAUGAUUUUCAAAAGGCUGACCACAUUGAUAUCAAGUUGCAUGAAAAGAGUCAUAAAUCAACUUCUAUAAAUGAUGAAAUGUGUGACAACAAUAACGGUAGCAUUCUCUUUUCUAUAACAGAAUAGAGAAAGAGAAAGAAAAACUAAAGAGUAGACCUUAUGGAGAUUUAGCCAAUAAUAAUAAUAAUAAUAAUAAAAGAAAUGCAUGAUCUCAAUUUGUACCAUAUCGAAGCGAUUAUUUGAUAAAACAAAGAUGUAU